AUGGCUGAGCCUCCACCAUCACCUGCCCCAACACUCUUUCGCGACUCUUUCCAAUCUCCAGCUGAUCUUCCAAGCGGCUACAAUUCUUCCAACGACGACCACUUCUCAGACGCGCAAGAGGGCCGCGAGUCAGAAAUGAGCGACUCAGACACCACACCAUCCCCCACGAUACCCAUACCGCCCACAGAUAUGCCCAAGUUAGAUGAGACUUUUGGGACAGAGCCUUUCGAAGAUCUCUCGGACGACGACACAAGAGUGCCUGACGGUGCCGAGACCCCCAAGAAGCGUAGAUCAAUGAACAUUACCAUACCCGGAGCAUUCGGUGGAAGUGACUGCGAUGCCGAUGACGACAAUAACGUGGAAUCAACUCCCGAAACGCCAAGAUCAGGUGUUCCAGUCACUGUUUUAGAAAGAACCGACAACACUUCCAGUGACGGGAAAGUAACAGUGACAGAAACGCUGAAGGAGAGAUUAGCCGGUCUACAUCCCGAUGUAGACCGGUCUCCUAGUCCGAUACCUACGAUGGUCGUACAAAGAAUCGAGGAGGAUAAGCCAUAUCAUGGAGAGGUCCCUGGUACAGAAGCAUACGAGAAACGGGCAGCGGAUGCCCAACCGGAUAUUAUCGUACGAUGGAAUGAAGAGGAAGAUCGGAUCACAAGAAGAGUACAGACCCAGCGUGAGAAAAUCGAGAAGAUGGUCCAGGAUGGCGGGACGCCAGUUGUGGCCCCUUUACAUGGAAGGGCAAGAAGUGUGAGCCCAAGUGUGAAUAAAGGUGAAGAGGCAUUGUCGAACCCAAUGUACACACGAGCACGAAGUGCAAGCCCGAGUUUCGGGAAAAUGGAUUCCAUUGGGAAAAGAGAAGGGGCCAUGGCUGGCGACGAAAGCACUGUUGUUAUGAGUGGUGGCUUUUUGGAGAUGCCAGUAUCCAAAGCCUCACUUACAGUCGACCUCGAUGCAGCUGAGAACGACAUUCCUAAUACAUCUGCACUAUCCCCUACAUUUUCUACGGGCUUUGAGGAACAUACUGCCCCUCGGCGGCGAAAAUCGUCCGCGGCAUCACGUAAGAGUCGAAAGUCUGUCCCGCCAUCGCCAGUGACUCCUUCAGCAGACUUUGGGGAUUUCCGAGAGAAUGAAGAAGCAGAUGAUGAUUUUGGGGAUGACGAUUUCGACGAUUUCGGCGAAGUGGUAGAGGGGGAGGAAUUUGACGAUUUUGAGGGGUUUGGCGGAACUACCACCGAUUUUGAACCGGUACCCAUAGAAACUCCACAGCCCACCCAACAACCCCCUGCACCGUUAAAGCCGGUGAUUUCUGUUCCAGUACUCGACCACAAAGAGCUCGGUGGAGCGGAAGCAAUUAUCAAAGCUGUUUCCGAAUCAUUGGAGAUCAUGUUCCCGACAGGCAAGAAAACCAAGCUCGCGCCAGUAGAGGAUAGCUGUUUCCUCACGGAAAGAAGUUUAUCACUUUGGAAUCAACUUGUCGCUCCGCCACCUUUACAACCCCCUAACUGGAAAAUCUCUCGUAUCCGUCGUCUCUUCCUCGUUUCACUCGGUGUGCCUGUCGACCUUGAUGAAAUUCUCCCUGCAGAAACUAAACAGAAAAAGCUUGUCCUCCCAUCCAUCAAUACUCUCCGUCGUUCCUCGGGUGACGAUGGUCACAGGUCUCGUUCGAGCUCACAGUCAAGAUCAUCACGUCCUUCUUCACGUGCAAGGAAGGCUGCGGCGGAUGAUAAAAACAAGAAUGGAGGGAUUGGACCUGAAUCUCUUGACGUUCCGAGUGCCAGGAUAUUAUGUAGUACGAGCGACGUAGCAUUGAGUGGAUUGACAGUGGAAGAGCUUCAGGAGCAUGUGAAGGAAUUGGAGAAAGUAACACAGAUUGCCGGCGAGGUGCUUACAUAUUGGCUCAGGAAGCGCGAGAGUGCAAUUGGCGAUAAGGAGACUUUUGAAACGGUCAUCGAGAGUCUUGUGGGAUAUGCGAGAAAGAAGAGGCAGAAUGGUUAA